GUGUAAUCAUCGAUAGUGUGAAAGUUUUAGCUAAAGGAGGACUUUUAGUUUGAAAGCCGCGGACUAACCGGAAGCUCAUAUGACGUGUACAUGUUAAAGUACGCCGAACAUUUUGGGGAUCUUUAUGUCAUAACUCCGUCCGUUAUUCGGUGAUUACUGUCUGUAGAUCAGCGGUAUGGUGAUGAUGCGCGCCGCUCAGUAUAGAGUCUGAUGUCGGUAGAUCAGAUGACCGACUAUGGCUGAGCUUCACGCGCAGGUAGCAUCAGACCCUCUGCCCUGUAAAUACCCCUGUGACCCCGGGCUAGGGUUCGGGUUCGGGUUCGGCUUUAUUCUGCCGCAUGUUAGUACCGAGGGCCACUUAAUGAUCCGCUUGUGUAGAAGCGCGUGUUUUUAUUCUCCUUUAUGAUACUAAAUAAAAGCUGGAUCCUAAUAAUGUGUGUGUUUAUUCACAUGGUGAGGAUUAGUUCAUGUGUUCACAGCGUUAUAACGAGUUAUAACAGCGAUUCUAAACGUCUGUAAUCAUUAACAUGGGUAAGGAGUCUCCAGUGUCAGUGCUGUGUUAAAGCUGGAGUUGUCAACAGGUCCCAGGUUGUUUAGGGGAAGAUCUUUCCAAAAUGUCCUACAGAGAAAACUGGAAAGUACAGCAUGAGCGACUGCAUGUGCAGCACCGUGGUCAUGAGGCCAUGCACGCUGAGAUGGUCCUGAUUCUCAUCGCCACACUGGUGGUGGCUCAGAUUGUUCUGGUCCAGUGGAAACAAAGACACUGCAGAUCUUACACAUUUGUGACCCUCCUACAGAUGUGGGUGGUUCCUCUCUACUUCACUGUGAAGCUGUACUGGUGGCGUUUUUUGUCCACAUGGGGCAUGUUCUCCAUCAUCACCAGCUACAUCAUAUUCAGAGCCACACGUAAACCUCUGUCUGGGAGAACACCCAGGAUGGUUUAUAAAUGGUUCCUGCUCAUUUACAAGCUGAGCUACGCUGUCGGAGUCCUCGGAUACCUGGCCAUCAUGUUUACUUUGUUUGGCUUCAAUGUGUUUUUUAGGAUCAGGGCAGAGGACUCGAUGGAUGUGGGCGUGGUCAUGCUCUUCUACGGACUGUACUAUGGAGUGAUGGGACGAGACUUUGCUGAAAUCUGCUCGGACUACAUGGCGUCUACUCUCGGGUACUAUAACCUGGGUGGAAUGCCGUCUCGGAGCCUGUGCCAUGAUAUCUGUGCUGUUUGUGGACAGAAGACUUUAGUGGAGGUGGAUGAGGAGGGCGUGAUGGAGGACACCUACCAGCUGUCCUGCAGUCAUGUAUUUCAUGAGUUCUGUAUUCGCGGCUGGUGCAUUGUGGGUAAGAAGCAGACGUGUCCAUACUGCAAUGAGAAAGUGGACCUGAAGAGAAUGAUGAACAAUCCCUGGGAGCGAACACACGUCCUGUACGGUCAGCUGCUCGACUGGCUCAGGUACCUGGUUGCCUGGCAACCGAUCAUCAUCGGCUUCGUGCACGGGAUCAAUUUUUCACUUGGUCUGGAGUGAAGUGUGAUGAAGAGUCGUCAAAAAGUGUUCGAUUGUGUGCUAUUUUAUUAUUUAUUUAUAAACUAUAAGUUAAUGUA